GAAAAUAAGAUGAGAGAAAGGGAGAAAAAAGAUGCUCCUUACAGUCCUUAGUAAGAAAGAAAUGUAUGAGAAAGGGAAUGUAUCAUUAGUAGAAAAGGAUGAACCUCAUUCCUAAGAAUAGGAAUUUUACCCCAGGGGAGGUAAAUUGAACUAUAAUUCAAGUCUAACAAAUAAUAAGUGACAUCUAUCUCUGGUAAAUCCAAGGGCUCCGUGAUGUGCAUGUCGCUGCUCAAUGCCAUUGCAAAGUGUUGAACUUGGGCAGUACCACUUUAAUACCCCUUGUUUGUCAGGCUAGGCCCCCGGCAGGAAUAUAUCAUUUGUAUGUUGUUUGGUAUAGUAGAAUAGACAGAGAAGAUAGAUAAGAGCGAAAAGCUUUUACCAGAAAAGCAAUGUACUAUUAUUACUACUAUUAAUUUUGUUUUUGGAAAUUAGGAGGGAAUCGAGUCACCAUAAAAGAGAAGACUAGAACAGGAAAAUGGAUAAAAUGGGAAAUAUUCAACAGAUGCGAGCUUUCCCUUUUCUUCUCAUUCGAGAAAAUAAAAAAUAAAAAGUGGUGGACUUCGUACCAUUUUACUCGGUAUUCCCCAUUUCUCUUUUCUACCAAACUAGAGAACAUUUCCUUUUCUUCCCCUUUUCUACUAUACCAAACAAACCAUUAGGCUUUAUGGGACAAGUGCUUUAUUUGCAGUAUGAUCUAAGCAAGUUCUGCCCCUAUAACACUGUUUUGUUUGAUCACAGUGAUCCAUCAAUAAAUACAGUUUUGACAGCACCAACAGACAAACCUGGUGUAGCAUUGAUGGAUUUUGUCAUUUUCCCACCGCGGUGGUUGGUCGCAGAACACACUUUUCGUCCUCCUUAUUACCAUCGCAAUUGUAUGAGUGAAUUUAUGGGCCUAAUCUAUGGAGGAUAUGAGGCAAAAGCUGAUGGUUUUCUUCCAGGCGGUGCAAGCCUCCAUAGCUGCAUGACUCCACAUGGUCCCGAUACGAAAACAUACGAGAAAACCAUUGCGCUUGGAAAUGAAGUGGGGCCAGAUAAAAUCACGGGAACGAUGGCGUUCAUGUUCGAAUCAUGCCUUGUGCCUCGGGUAUGUCCAUGGGCAAUUGGUUCACCAUUCAUGGAUCAUGAUUACUAUCAGUGUUGGAUUGGUCUGAAGUCUCACUUCACACAUGGAUCAUCUUCAAACCCAUAAUGGGAACCCUUUUAUAAAUUUAAAUAUUGGAUAUCAGCAAUGAAAUAAAAGCUAAUGUAUGUAUGCAAUUCAAACAGAAGCGAAAAAUUAUAAUAAUGAUGUAUAUAGCGUGUUUUACUUGGUAUUUGAGCUUUUGAUCUUGGAAAAUGCUCAAUUGUAACCAUGUUGUCUUUCAAGUGAUGGGGUGUGGCUCCCUUUUGGGUGAUGACCAUCAUGGCCGUGACAAGUUUUCUCAUAUCUUUUUUCAACCCAUCAAAAUAAUUUACUUUUGUACCACAUCACGUUUUGGUCACUCUUCCUAAUCAAGUCCAAUUACAUAU